UGGAUACAGGAUGGGUUACAGGACGAGUACACUCGAAGUGGCAAGGGUCGAUCGUGAAGGUGUUUUGCCUACAGUGAACAGGUUAAAACGUCCCUUAUCUACCUGGACAGAGCGAAGUACCAAACCAAGGGAAGUUGGGCCCGGAACUGAGACUGCACCCACUGCCGUAGCGUCUGCUGAGAGCCGCCUUGACUCGUCCACAGAACCCGGACCAGUACGAUCGGCUGAACAUAGCCAGCAGAACACUAGGCAGACUUUUCACCCCGGAAACAGACACAUCGACGAGUAUGUACCCUAUGAACGAAGCCUGACAGGCGCUAUCGUGCCUCAAAGAAGCGGGCCCGUGGGGAUUCCUUUACACCUUCGACCAAUGGAUAAUGAAGGGCAUGGAACUUGGGGGCCUUCCACCACCAUACGCCGCACUGUGUGGUAUGGAAUGACUCAGCUCAAGCUUUGGGCCAAGCUGAAAUGAUUCCUGGCUCGGGACGACAACUAACUAGCACAGCAAAUGCUGGUGGGAGCUUCUGAAGGGACUCAAGUGCCUCCUGAUUUCCGCACUCAUCAGGGAUGAUGACCUUACCUGAAGGCAAUAUGUCCAUCAGACCCCGCAUUGGCUCAAUCAUCGAGCCUUCAUUUGUUUCUCCAAAGGAAAAUUCUGAACUGAAGCCAAAUCCGGUUUCCGGAGGUGUCUGACGAGUGGCAAUUUAAAGUCCUCGUUGAAGGAUGCAAGUUGGUGGGCAAGGGCAGAGGGGAACUAUUUGAUAGAUCCAGCCCUGAUCCAGGCUGAUUCUUAUUCCAAAAGAAUGGCGCUGCCAGAGUACC